AUGAAGCUCUUCUGCGCGAUCGAUGGUGGGGCAGGCCCCGCGUUCUCGGUGCGAGCGGACGAGAGCGACACGGUGGACGACUUGAAGAAGGCGAUCAAGAAGGAGAAGACGAACGACCUCAAGGACAUCGACGCAGACAAGCUGCAGCUCUUCUUGGCGAAGAAGGCAGACGGCGGAUGGCUCCCAGACGACGAUGACCUGGACAGGAUGCUGCAGAACAAUGUUGACACCUCGAAGAUGGAGAAGUUGCGCGCGUCGCGGAAUUUGGAGGAACUGUUUGGGACUGGCGCUUCGCUUGGAAAGAACGUGGUGCACGUGCUGGUGGUUGUUCCAAAGGGGGGAGAUGUCGAGCACGACAGGGUGGAUGUGCCGAAGGGACGUGCUGUGGAUACGACUUCGUGUGAUGAUCUCCUCGCGUUCCUGGAAAGUGAAAUGGCCAACAAGGAAGAAAUUGUGGUAAACCGUAACAUUUUAGGUGCCGAAAGUUUACAGUUUCGAUUGGUUGGAAGAGAAGAGGCAAUUAAGACCGCAGCGGAUUGCUUCAACCGAAUCAUCGAGGCUAAUCGUGGUACAGGCUCAGACCGCACUCACCGUCCUAUACCUGUUUGCUCUGGAAUUUCGGGUUUGGGGAAAACGCGUAUGCUGGAGGAAAGUGGCACGAUUCUUGAAGAGAUGAAAUUGGACCCCAAGUACGUUAUUCGCCUGAUUGUUCCGUACUACAAUGGAUAUAAGCCAAUACCAGUCGAGCGGUCGAUGCCGAUUGAGGCGUCUUUCUCGUGGCGGCUUUUGUAUCGUUUUUUUCUGGACAAUAACUGCGCGUUUGAUUUCGUCACGUGGUUCGAGUCACGGCUACCUUGUAAUGGAAGUCAGCUGACUUUUCGUAACUGCAUUAAAAUUAUUGAGCGCAAGUUGCGUCAGAGCGUGCAAGUACAAAGGAUGCAGUGCAUCUUUGUUGGCAUCGAUGAAUACCAAAAGAUUGAAAAACUAAGGACCUCUGGAGCAAAUGCCGGCACGUCAAUCCUGCGCGAACUCGUGGAAACCAUAGCACAUUUCCUGUGUACGAAGUCGUCAAGUCUGGUUGUGUUGCCCAUGUUUGCAGGGACGGAUUUGGGCGUCAUUGCACCGGAUUCAAUCGCCAAUUCCUCGUAUUAUGUGACCAAGCGGCUUCCCAUGACCCUCUUGACCCUGGGGCAAGUGCUCACCUCUGUGGAGAGCAAUGCAAAUUUUGCUGGGUUCUUGCGACAUACUCAGGUCUAUCGCCAUUUGUUCGCUCUUGGAGGUGUUCCACGGUGGGUUGUCGAUUACCUAUUGGGACUGAAGAGGUGCUCGGAACCAGAUACAAUUACAUUGAAGAGCAUCAAAAUGUGCUUCGAGGGCGUCUGGACAACCUACGUCGAUGCUUACACGGGGUUAAUAUCAACCCAUCAGCUCGUCCGUUUGGCAGCCUAUGCCGUGUCGGGUCGACAGGUUCGACACCAAGACGCGUUCGAUAAACAGUUCAAGUGGUCCAAACUUCGAGAUUCCUCGAUAUGCGUGCUCAACCCAUCAUCAUCCACACCUAGAGUUUGCGAUGUACGGGUUCCCUACGCGCUGUUGCAGAGUAUCGCGUCGAGUGAUGAUAUGACGAGCAAAGCAGAAAUUUUUUUUGCAGCAGCUUUAAGUGACAUUGAAGAACUGGUGGAUUCGGAACUGUUCGUCCGUGAGCCGUGGCAGUCGUGGGAGAUGUUCGGUGCUUGUUUCUAUGCUGCUCGAAUCAAUGCCUUGCUGGUGCUUGGGCACUCGACUGUGACGCUGGGAGAGCUUCUGCCGGGGGCGCUGAUGAGCGAUGACACGCGUCGCAUUUCCGUGAAACUUGCUCCGUCAAGAGUGUUUGAGUGUGCGGAAAAAUAUGGUUCUUCAACUCCCAAAGUCGUUUCACGAAAAGACCAUCUAGCGGAAAAAGCCGACUGGACGUCAAGUGGCAACAUCAUUGUGAAUGGGGUUGGUGGAGCUGGCGUCGAUAUUUUCUUUGCUCUGAAGGAUGCUCUCUCUGAGAAUUUGAUUGUCUUUGUGGACCAAAGAAAACGGCAUUUCGGUAAAUUUCAGCCAAAAUCAGCAAGGGAGUAUCUUCGCAAGCUGAGGAAAUCCCGCCCUGCAUUUCUCGAGAAAGGCACGCGUUUGGUGGGAGGGGUCAUGAAUUGUGUUGCCCCGUCAAAUCUUGAGGACUAUGUUGUGCCGAGUGAUUGCUUCCUCUUGACCCGAGACGAGACGGAGCGGUUCCAUGGAACAUUGGCGUAUCAUCCAGCAUGUACACCUAUCGUCCCAAUGAAUUCAGCCAACAAAACAGCUCUCAAGUCGGUGCUUAAAGGCAGUGAGGAACAUGUUGACAAAGCCGCCGAAGAAAUUUUGAGGAAGAGGAUGGAACCUAGCGGAGGAUUCAUCGACUACAAGGCAAUGCGUUCACAUUUCAAAGUCAUGAAGCUGGAUGUUGAGGUUGAUACCGAGUACGCGGUUUGCACAGGUUAA